AUAGUAUACAGUCCUCACUCCUCACACACCUGGGGCUGGUAGUUUUCCAUGUGACACAGGCAGGAUUUCUGAGAAAGGAGAGAGAGAUACCCGAGGAUAGACUCCUGCUCUGUUUGUUCCGCUGGAAUAUUUACAUUUUUCUGAUCCCAGUUCAUAUCCCAAGCCACAGGGAUGAACUGGUCAGCACUAGAGAGCCUACUCAGCGGGGUCAACAAGUACUCCACUGUGUUUGGCCGUGUGUGGCUGUCCAUGGUGUUUGUGUUCCGUGUCAUGGUGUUCGUGGUUGCCGCCCAGCGUGUGUGGGGAGACGAGAGCAAGGACUUUGUGUGCAACACCAGGCAGCCCGGCUGCACCAACGUCUGUUAUGACAGCAUCUUCCCCAUCUCACACAUCCGCCUGUGGGCCCUCCAGCUCAUCUUCGUCACCUGUCCAUCUCUCAUGGUCAUGGCUCACGUCAAGUAUCGUGAGGGGAAGGAUUCAAAGUACGCUUCCCAGCACCAGGGCUCUCACCUGUACGCCAACCCAGGGAAGAAACGUGGAGGCCUGUGGUGGACCUACCUGGUCAGCCUGAUCUUCAAGGCCGUGGUUGACGCAGCCUUCCUUUACAUUCUCUACUACAUCUACCAUGGCUAUGACAUGCCACGUCUCUCCAAGUGUGCCCUGGAGCCUUGCCCAAACACAGUGGACUGCUACAUAUCCAGGCCCACGGAGAAGAAGAUCUUCACCAUCUUCAUGGUGGUCUCCUCAGCCGUCUGCAUCUUCAUGUGCAUCCUGGAGAUGUUCUAUCUGUUGGGAAAGCGGUUACACAAGGUGCUUAAAGUACGGCAGGCCAACAAGAGACUUCUCUUCGCUGAGUGCCAUGAGGUGACCAACAUCGCUCUGCCGAGGUCAUCGUAUAUCAGGGUAGAUCCAACUAUUGGGAGCCAGCAGAACAUCAGCAGACAGAAGAAGGCAGAGGAGGCUGCUGCCACAAGUCUGUAGUCCUGAUCUGUUUGAUUUUGGUGCAUAUAGCACUGACUUUGCUGAGAGCUACUUUAUUGAGGAAAAAUUUACUUAGAUAUGUGGUUGUCCCACCUAGCUAUCUAAAGAUGAAUGCACUAACUGUAAAUUGCUCUGGAUAAGAGCGUCUGCUAAAUGACUAAAAUGUAAAUCCAUAUUGCACUGACUUUGGGGUGGCUACUUUAUGGAGGAAAAACAUACUUACUAUGACUGAGAUAUAUGGUUGUCCCACCUAGAUAUAUUAAGAUGAAUGCACUAACUGUACAUUUUACUCUAUACUGGAGCAUUUUGGAUUUGAGAUCAAGUCUUUUAUAUGAAGCGACAGUACAGAAUGUACCGCUUAGAAAUUAAAGGGGGUACAGGGGUACAGGGUUAUUGUUGGAGAUAUGUACAUACUGUAUAGGUUGGGGUAAAGUAACUAGGCAACAGGAUAGAUAAUAAACA